AUGCGACCCAGCGCGGCAUUUGCUCCGGUCAGCGGCGACCGAAAGCGGUGUUUGAUUGCACUACGAAAUUCUCUCGGACCAUCGCCUCGCCUCGACUGCAUCACCAACAAGGCAGGAUGUAUUCGACUCCGAGAACCCCCAGCCGAGCUGCCUGUCUUGCCUGUCGUCGAGGGGGUAUCCGGCGCGGUGGGAACAAGCCCGUCACCGAGUCUCCGUCUCAACCUGCCAAUCUCGCGCUUACCCCCCUUUGUCACUCAUCCUAUCUCUGCGCCGGCCAAUGUGGGGGAAGGGGAUGAUCUAGAUAGCAUUUCCCAUCUGCUAAGUCCCCUUGGCGGCAUUCGAAACCUGGAUGUGGGUGUGAUCGACGGGUCGAGACAGGAAGGUUGGGGCGGCGUCCCAGCCACCGGGAACAAUGCUUGUGAUCCCACCGGCCUUCUGGGGUCCAGUCAUGUCCCUUUGCGCACAUACGCGUCCGAUGAAGACAUUCUGAAUGCCUACUACGUACACAUCCAUCCCUUUCUGUCCAUACUCCCGCCUCUUUUAUCAGACAAAAUCAGUGAUCGACCCAUAUGGGUCGACGUCAUCGAGGUUGAAAAGUCCUCUCUGCCGCACUGGCCGGGCUCUGCAUUCACGCUGGCAGUUUCUGCUAUCCUGGCUUCAAUUGCACUGCCUCAAGACUCUGAUCGAUUCGCUGAAUCGAGGAUCUCUAGGAGACGUUCGGCUGCACAACUUUUCGCAGGAGCAGCCUUCUACGAAGUAGACAACGAGAUUGAUCGGAUAUCUCGAAUAUCGAUUCAAACAAACCUCUUUACAGGGCCAGGCACGGAUGUCAGUGUCAUUUCACCACUAUCGCCUGCUCUUGCUCUGAUAAUAUUAAGUAUCCAUGAAUACUGCCAAAGAGGAAAUGUAUCCUGCAUGCGAAGUCGCGCCAAUCAGGCUAUCACGGCAGCUAUAGAUCUUGGGUUGCACAGCCUAGGAGCUGCAGCGACCGAGGCACAGCGUCGGGCAUGGUGGAGUGCACUGUGGCCAUUGCUGCUCCAGGCUGAAGCGGCCAUUCUAUCCGUCUCGCAGAUUCUGCGUAACCACAGCACCCACUCAACAGCAGAAUCAUCGUCAUCGCCGAAUAUAUCUGCCAGAAUCACACAGCCAUCCCUGGCCAUGGCUCGUGCUUAUGAAAGGGUCGCAAUAUUUGCUGAGGGUGGUCCUACUAUUACUGCUUGUACUACGAUUAGCCCACCCCAACCGCAUAUUGUCCUGCCAUUUUUCAUGUGCGGAGCGCUGCAGGCUUCGUAUGUCUUGCUUAUGACACACUACCGACUCCGAGAGGCGCUGCGGUCGGAGGUGUCGACAUACCGCCACCUGCUUCAUCAGCCCGAGCCGGGGUUUGAGGUCCAGGAUACGGAGCGAUUACUGCGCGAGCUGCGACAAGGUAUUGACUCGAUCCUUCGGGUGAUGGGGCUGGCGAUCAUGUUUGAAGGGGUAGGAGGCAUGGGCGGGGAGAUUCAAGCGGCGUAUCACGGUGUUUGCGCGGGGGAAUUCUUGAGACAGACCCCUCGGUGUUUGUCGAAUACGCGAGUACUGACGAGGGAUUAUCGCGGCGAAAAAGGGAAACUCGCUGACGAUCUAAUUUAUGUCCAAUCUAAGAUGACUCCGGACUUCACAAACCGCGUGAAAAGCCUGCAACAAGUCCUGCUUCAGGUCUUCGACAUCCUCCAAGCCACAGCUCACUCGCAGCAGUCGUUCAUCGCAGCCCUUGUCACUCAUUGCCCGCCACUCGAUCAGACUUUCCACAUCUCCCAGACUGGUCGCAUGCUGAAAGACCAGCAUCUGGCUUGGCAGCUGCUUCGCCUGCGCCGCGCUCUUCAACCAGAUGGAGAACAGCGGCGCAACCCCCCCCCCCCUGGGGCAUCUGCCGGCGCAACCAGCCAUCCUGCAAAUCCUUCGUUUGUAGCGACGCAUGCCCCAGGCCACCAGCCGCUCCGCCGUCUCUGA